UCAAAUAUCAAUUUGACAUUAUAGGAACUAUCGAUUAAAAAAACUUAAAUUACGCAAUGAAUACUUUAUUUCUCAUUAUAUUGAAGUUAAAUUGAUAUUAUAUAUUUCAUGCUAAAAGACCACUGUUGUUUUUCGAUUUAUAUGUCUAAAAUUAUUGUAAAAAUGUUUACAUUUGUACAACUUUAGUCGAUUAUCAAUUUUACUCGAUUCAUAUAGUUGACAUCACUACUUACUAAUCAAUGAACCGCUGUUCGUGACGACUGUGAUUUUGAUGGAAUUUUGUUUUAUCUAAUAAAAAUCCCUCCAAAAUGAAUUGUGUUGACUAAACUUUCGUGUAUUGGUACAACAUGGUUAUUUUGUAACACGGAAAGCUAAUUUAAAACUCAUUGCUUAAGUUAUAGAGGUUAAGUGUGCCUUGAAGAAAUUCGGUCAUUGUAAAAGUUUUUUUACUUAAUAAACAUGAACAGUGAGAAGAGAAAUACACGCGGAAGGGGCCGUGGCCGCGGCCGAGGCCGUGGUCGAGGCAGGGGUAGGGGUAGAGGCAAGAAAGUUGCUAAAGUAAUGUCAAGUGAUGAAGAGGAAUGCUCCGUGGAAGAAACCACUCAAGAACAAGAAGAAACCGUUGUUGAGGAGCCUAAAGAGGAGCCUGAACCUACUGAACCAGCUAAAUUGGAAGUUCCAUCAGACAUAUCUCAGCUAGAAGCUCCAGUGUUCACAACUCUACAGCGAGGGCCUCCGGAGCCCAUGCUCAGGCUAGACUGGAGUCACCGAGCCACACUCAUUGGGGAGAAAGUCCUCAACCCCAUGAUCUACUGCUGUGAUAUAUGCUCUAAACCUAUACUCAUUUAUGGACGAAUGAUUCCAUGCAAGCAUGUGUUUUGUUUAUCAUGUGCCAGAGCAGAACAUACUCACUGCCCUAGAUGUAGAGAAAAGGUCUUACGAGUAGAACAAACAGGAUUAGGAACAGUAUUCAUGUGUACACAUUCUGGUACAAGAUAUGGCAAUACAGGUUGCAGGAGAACAUAUUUAUCACAGAGAGAUCUACAAGCACAUAUCAACCAUAGGCAUGUGUCUUCAGGGGCAGUGGAGAGUAAACCAGAGCCUGAACCACCAACAAACACUGUUGCUAUUGUGAAACCUUUGACUCAACUUCCACCGACUGCCGGCGAUCCUCGCGGUCACGGCGGGCAUGGCCACGCACCUUCUGGCGAACGACCCCGUGCCAGAACCAAUCUCAUCACCGUGCCCAUACAAGACCAAACCGAGUCACACGCCUAUUAUAAUUAUUAUCCUCCUCCGCAGCCCGUGCCGCCGCCGUCGCUGCCGCCGGUGUCGUCGGUGCCAGUCCUAGCGCACACCAUGAGCGUGCCGCCGCCCACUUACUACGCCACGGCGCCACCGUACUCCGCACCGCCGACUUAUGUGCCUCCUGCAGGUAACAUGGCGACAAACGUAGCUGUAUCACCAAUGUCGUCAACAGUUCCUAUGGGGUCAGUGAACACUAUCGGCGAGGGAGCUCGCUGGGGAGAGAGUUACCAGCAACCCUCGGUGCCGGUACAGCAGUGGCCUCCGCAGAACCCACACCAUUACUAUAGGUAGCCCCUGUAUAAACGCCGCUAUUCGUGGCGUGAUCGCGAGUGACGUGCUUAUUAGACUACAGUGCGCUCUUAAAACUCGUGGAAGCAAACAAGACACUAUUGGACUUCAAUGUAGUGCUAGGAACACUGCUGGGGCCUAAACAACGUAUUUGGUGAAUAAUAUGUGCAAAAAUAUACAAACAAUUGUAUGAUCGAAUAACAAAUAAAUGCUGCAUUUUGCAGUUAUCAUGUGUGAUAAGAAGUGUUGUAGAGAUUAUGUUCAUCGGAUACCCUGCAUUUCGCCCCGAUAGUGUCAACGCCUACAGUAGCAAAAAUUCUUGUAUCAUUAAAAUUUUAAAACCACAUGUGUGAUUAUAAAAUACAUAACUGGGAAAGUAAAAUGAGGUGUACAAAAACUUAAGGAAUAAGUUUAAAAUAUGUAGUGAAUCUUAUUUCAAUUUCCCUUAGUGUGAUGCAGAAUCACACAUUAACAGCUAGACUGAUUUUUAAGUCCAGAACCUGAAUCCCAGAAUAAUGGGAAUGCUAUCCAUGCUAUGGUGCAUGCAGAAGCGGUGGACUGCUUGUUUAACAUAGACCCUUGUUUGUUCUUAAGUUUUUAUUCACCUUAUUUAUUUUAUAUAGUAUUAACUAUAAGGCGUUUUAUCACAUUUCGGGCCUGUUUCAUGAAUCUAAGUUUUGAUUUAAGUGCCAAAAUGUGUUAGACAAACAGCAACUUAAUCAUCGUGAAACAAGCCUUAAGUGAUAGUAUACUCCCCUAAUGUACAGGUCACAAGAAUUCCUAUAUUGUAUUCAUGUUUUUUUUUUCAAUGGAGUAGUAUAUUUUUAUUUUCUUUUUUCUUAGUUCACAUAGUAAGAUUUACUCAAGAUUCUGUAUAUUAGAUAAAAUAUAUGUAACGUUAAUUAUAUUUACUCUUUAUUUAGGAUAUUCUUGUACCCUAGAUUGCCACUUACUGGCAAAUUUUAUUGUAAAGUGCAAUGUUACAACUUUAACUCGCUAUAUGUAUGUCACAUAUUGUUAUAAGCAGUGCCUUUAUGUAAAUCUGCAUAAUCUGGUAUGUAUUCCAGAAUUUUAAGAAGUCUAUGUACAUUGUAUAUAUAUACUCCUUAUACAACAAUAAGACUUAUAAUUUCUUGUUCUGUUCAUGAUCUGACUUAAAGAACUUCAAAAUUUUGUAAGAUAUUCUGAAAAAAUACAAUAAAAAUCUUAACUAAGUGA